AUGGAGCUUGCUGAUGAUAUGGUGGAGGACGGUUCUAAUCCCAAAGAUCGAUGGUAUAAAGAGGACAAUGAUCAACAGGAGACUACAAAAGAGUUUGACCAUUGUCCGGCUAUUCCUGUUUCUAAGGAAGAGUUUGAAGAGUGGUGCAAACCUUGGAAAAAAGCCCUCAUUGUGAAGUUGUUGGACAAGAGGGUUGGUUUGGCCUUCAUGGAACAACGUCUAAAGAGGGAUUGGGUAAGGAAAGGUACCAUUAAUGUCAUUGACAUGGAUCGUGACUACUUUCUUGUUCAUUUUUCAGAUGACGAGGACUAUUCUCAUGCGCUUAUGGAAGGACCGUGGAUGAUAGCCGGAUAUUACCUUAUUGUCCAAAGAUGGAGACCCUUCUUCCUCACGUCGGAGAAUGUGGUUAGAAAGAUUGUUGUAUGGGUUCACAUCCCAAACUUGCCUAUAGAACUCUAUAACCAGCGAUUUCUUUGGAGGGUGGGUUCUACUAUUGUUCAUAUGCUCAAAAUAGAUCGUGCGACUUCUAUACACUCAAGGGAAAAAUUCGUGAGAAUUUGUGUGAAAAUCGAUCUAACCAAGAAACUGGUGCCCCGCAUUUCUGUUCUGGGAAGCGAACUGAACAUUGAGUAUGAAGGUCUUCAUCAAAUUUCUUUCUCUUGCUGUAAGUAUAGCCAUCGUUCAGAAUCUUGCUACGAUAAUCUUGAAACUAAGGCGUCGACUCACCAAGCCAACUUCAGUGAUGAUGAAAACUCCGAUAAAAGGAAUACCAUUAAUGGGGAAGGUGACCAAAAUGGAAAGAAUAAUGAGGGAAUUAAUGUCCGAGAUGCUAGCACUAAUGCCACGUCCAAUUUCGGACCAUGGAUGUUGGUCAAGAGACCAAUCAGGAGAAAGAAAGAUAUUUCCUUCCAAAAAAAGAAAAAAAGGGUUCUCUUAAUGAGUGUGAUUUCUUGGCAAAUAUAG